AUGCCGAAAAGGAUUCAAAGUAGCGGAAGAAAUAUUGUAUUAUCAGUGCGUGAUUUUUGUGAAAGGGAAAAAGACAAUAAUGCUCCUUUAAUUCCAUUUGGAAAUGUUCGUCAACGAGUAGCCGCCAAGACAGGUAUAUCUGAAAAAACCUUAAACAAGGCACCAACAUUAAGCUCUACCAAAGCAGAAAUGCAAAACUGGAUCAUAAAUAAGGGGUUAUCGUAUCUGCCUACAAUGGUAAAAGCUCAACUUUAUAAAAUUAUAAAAGAACAUAAAGAAGCUCCAAUAUAUGAAGCCGAUCAAAUGCUUCAAGCUCAUUGCCACAAAGUGGCUAGAUUACCGCCGUAUCACUGCGAGUUAAACGCAAUUGAAUUUAUGUGGAGUCUUGUCAAAAGGCGAGUAGCAAAUAAAAACGUUGGACAAGAAACAAACAAUAUAGUUAAUUUAGCUGAAGAAGCUUUUCAAAGUAUCACUGCAGAAGACUGGCAAAAACAAUGCGAACAUGUGCGCCACAUUGAAGACAAGCUUCGUGAAAGAGAUGUGUAUAUGGACGCUGAAAUGGACAGGUUCAUAAUAGAAUUAAAUAAUGAGUCUGAUACAGAAUCUGACAGCAGUUCCGAAGAUUCAUCUGAUAGUGAUUAUUCAUCAUUGGCAAUCCACAUGGAUCAUGCUUAUUCAAAA